AUGAACACAGUUUUCCAAAUUGGCGACAUACAACUGAUUGAAGGUCGACUGUGGCAAGUAGAUCUGACAGUCACAAGUGACAACGACGAAGCACUCACAGCCCUGACGGAAAAUUUGCGACAAGCGAUAAGAGGAUCGACUGAGCGACACCGAUUGGGACAUUUGCUGCGGGAAAUUGCUCAAUUCGACACCGCAGAAAAAGAAUACACGUUAUUACUCAAGUCGACAUCUGAAAACAAUGUGGCAGAAAUUGCUCAUCUCAAUAAUGAGCUUGGAUGUAUAAAGAAUCAGAAAGGUGAUCACACCGCAGCACUCGAGUUCUAUGAAAAGACACUUGACAUUCAACAAAAAGCUCUCCCUUCGAACCCUCCUUCACUGGCUACUACCUACAAUAAUAUUGGCUCAGUGCAUGACAACAUGGGAGAGUACUCGACUGCCCUCGAGUUCUAUCAGAAGACACUUGAAAUUAAACAAAAAGCUCUCCCUCCGAACCAUCCUUCGCUGGAUACUACCUACAAUAAUAUUGGUCUUACGCAUGACCACAUGGGAGAGUACUCGACUGCACGCGAGUUCUAUCAGAGGACACUUGAAAUUCGACAAAAAACUCUCCCUCCGAAUCACCCCGAUUUGGCUACUACCUACAAUAAUAUUGGUCUUGUGCAUGACCACAUGGGAGAGUACUCGACUGCACGAGAGUUCUACCGAAAGACACUUGAAAUUAAACAAAAAGCUCUCCCUUCGAACCCUCCUUCGCUGGCUACUACCUACAAUAAUAUUGGCUCAGUGCAUGACAAGAUGGGUGAGUACUCGGCUGCACUCGAGUUCUAUCAGAAGACACUUGAAAUUCAACAAGAAACUCUCCCUCCGAAUCAUCCGUCGCGGGCUACUACCUACAAUAAUAUUGGCUCAGUGCAUGACAAGAUGGGUGAGUACUCGGCUGCACUCGAGUUCUACCAAAAGACACUUGAAAUUCAACAAGAAACUCUCCCUCCGAAUCAUCCUUCGCGGGCUGCUACCUACAAUAAUAUUGGUCUUGUGCAUAACCACAUGGGAGAGUACUCGACUGCACGCGAGUUCUACCAAAAGACACUUGAAAUUCAACAAGAAACUCUCCCUCCGAAUCAUCCUUCGCUGGCUACUACGUACAAUAAUAUUGGCUCAGUGCAUCACAUGAUGGGAGAGUACUCGACUGCACGCGAGUUCUACCAAAAGACACUUGAAAUUCAACAAAAAACUCUCCCUCCGAAUCACCCCGAUUUGGCUACUACCUACAAUAAUAUUGGUCUUACGCAUGACCACAUGGGAGAGUACUCGACUGCACGCGAGUUCUACCAAAAGACACUUGAAAUUCAACAAGAAACUCUCCCUCCAAAUCAUCCAUCGUUGGCUACUACCUACAAUAAUAUUGGUCUUGUGCAUGGCCACAUGGGAGAGUACUCGACUGCACUCGAGUUCUAUCAAAAGACACUUGAAAUUGAACAAAAAGCUCUCCCUCCAAAUCAUCCAUCGUUGGCUACUACCUACAAUAAUAUUGGUCUUGUGCAUGACUCGUUGGGAGAGUACUCCAGAGCACUCGAGUUCUUUCAAAAGUCGCUUGCAAUUCGAGAAAAAUCUCUUCCUUCGAAUCACCCCGAUUUGGCUACUACGUACAGUAGCAUUGGUCUCGUGCAUAACAACACGGGAAAGUAUUUGUGUGCACUCUCGGCUCUAACAAAAUGUCUGAAAAUUCAACAAACAGCACUGCCAAACGAUCAUCGAAAUUUUGCUUCCACAUAUAGUCGGCUAGGCAGAGUACAUCGAUCGAUGAAAGACUUUCGGGCUGCACUCUCAUGUUUUCAAAAGACGCUUGAAAAUGACAGUAAAAGACUCCCCCGAAAGCACCCUUACGUAGCUAUCACGUAUUCUGACAUCGGUGAUGUACACCGGUUGACUGGAGACUACUCCACGGCACUCUCAUUUCAUCAAAAAGCAAUCGAUAUUCAAGAACAAGUUGUUUGCGAUCAAUCGCAUUUGGCCACCAGUUACAGUAAUAUAGGUGAAGUGUAUCGAGAGAAGAAAGACUAUUCAACUUCGCUCUCGUUUCAUAAGAAAACACUCGAAGUCCGCGAAAAAACUCUUGCUCCAAAUCAUCCAGAUUUGGCUCAUACUUACCACAACAUGGCAAGGGUGUUCGAAGGUCUCAAUGAACACGAUAAGGCGGCGGAACAGGCCGAGCGUGCCGUCGAGAUUGUUCGUGAGACCUUACAGUCGAACCACCCUGACGUAGUGAUGUUUCGACAGACUCUCGAUAGACUACGUCGGAAAAAGUGA